CCAAUAAUUUUAACCACCAGAAUCUACACCAAUUAAUUAAGAAACCACAACACGACUUCGCAUACGAUGUUGUCCAACCAAGUUGACUCUUUCGACUGACUCCUUGCAAAUACACCACCUCCGAUCUAAUUUAUUAUUCCCGUUCUAAAGAAUUCACCUCUGACGUUUCCCUCAACAAAACUACUGCCAGCGCAAUAUUCUUUUCACCAACAAUAUUUCAGACACAACGAAUAAUGAAUAAUAUUAGAUACAACAUGUUCUGUCGUCGCGAUCACACCGCAAUUACCGUAAUAACAUACCCCGAACACUAGAAGAGAAAAUUUAGUUCAUUAAAAUCCCCUCGGUGGUAGACGCUUACUUAUUUCAGGGAGUACAAAUAAUAAUAUAGACAUUCUACGGUUAUAUACCUUUUGAUUGCUUUGAAAAACCGUCGAGUGAAAUUGAAUGCGAGGACUUUUUUCUUGAGACAUUCGGCUGAUGUUCGAAAACAAAAGCAAUGUAAAAGUCGCGAUUAACAUGCAUUUGAAGAAAUUCAACAAAAGCAAUUUAUUUACUGGGAACGCUAAAAAGUGCAAAUUUUUUUCAAUUGAAUGUCAAAUUGAUAAAGAUGCAAGUAAUGAGAUGGACAUUUCGACUUCUGACAAUGUGUGGUUGUUGGCGACCUCCCUCUUGGACAUCACCUAUCAAAAAACGCCUCUACAAUAUCUACACAGCGUUUGUAUUCACGCUAAUUAAUACAUCCAUGAUCCUUCAAAUCAUGGACCUGGUGUUAAUCGUGGAAAAUCAAGACGAAUUAAGUGAAAAUAUCUUCCUGAUGCUAACGAUGUUGGUAGCUUGUCAUAAAAUGUACAGCAUGCUAAUGAGCCGUAAGAACAUCGCUGUAUUCAACGAUAUUUUGGAAAAUGAACCUUUUCAACCGGAAAAUGUGGAAGAAAUAGAGAUUCGAGGGAGAUUCAACAGGAGGGCUGAAAUACAAGCAUAUAUUUACACGGUUGUAAACGAAAUGGCAGUGAUAUUCCAUUCGUAUAGCGGUUUGUUAAAGUCAGAAAAAUUGCCAUACAGAAUGUGGUUACCUUACAAACACCUCUCGUUAACGAUGCUCAUUUUUACUUACAUUCUGCAAGCUCUAUCUUUGAUGAUCGGAUCUUUGGUACACAUCGCCUGUGAUAAUUUGAUCUGGGGCAUGCUGAUUCACACUUGCAGUCAAAUUGAGAUUCUUGGAUACCGUCUGAAGGCGAUCAAACCGAGCGAGAGUCAGUCUGCGAAGUCAUCUGCGCGUUAUCAUGAUCGCGUGUAUCGAUUUGCCAAAAUGCUAAACAAAGAAUUUGAAUGGAUCGUUUUCGUCCAGUUCGGCGUGACUACAAUGAUCGUAUGCUUCAACCUUUAUCUAUUGGUAACAGCGAAAAAUAUAAACGCAAAAAUUCUGAUAGUUGUAUAUUACACUUGCGGUAUGCUAACACAAAUAUUCAUUUAUUGUUGGUACGGGAACGAAGUUAAAUCCAAGAGCCUCGAGGUAUCACAGAUGGCAUUCAGAACCGACUGGAUGUUUUUCAACAAAGAUAUUAAAAGAAUUCUCUCGAUGAUUAUGAGACGUAGCGAUGUUUCCAUUGAAUUCACAAGUGCCCACGUUGUGUCUAUGAAUCUUGAAUCCUUCGUGAAGUUGCUGAAAGCUUCUUACUCGGCGUUUAACGUGUUAAGCGACAGAGAAUAGCAACGUUCAUGGAUCACUUCGAAGAAAAAAUAAUUGUCGACCCUCGCCAAAUAUAUUUUGGAUGGACACAAUGAGCAAUUAGUGAGACGUUCACGUAGAGUCCACUCGACACAUGUACAUAGAAAAAAUGUUAAGUAAAUAAAAUGUUUAACGCAAUAAUUGUUUUAUUACUAAAUGUAUAAUAUCAGCAGUGAUCCCUAUGUCAUUUAGUGUUUUAAUUAGAAAAUUAUUAAAAAUACUUUCGUUUCAUUUUCUCGCUUUAUCACGAAAGAAGGAUUAAGUUGAUAGUAAACUGAUAGAAGAAUUGACAGACUCGAUACACGAUGCUUCCUGGUCAAGUUGCCUGUUUCGACUGACUCGCCGAAGAAACAUACAUUGCUAACUGUUUCAUUAUUCACGGCUCGAAGAAUGAACCGCUGACCCUUCUGUAAGAAACACUAGCUAAACGUUCAUCAGUACAAAAUAUCUUUAAGUAAUUAUGUUAGAGACAAAUGUAAUAAGUAUCAUUAA